GAGGGAUAAGUGGUGCUCCGUCUCCGUUAGCCACGGCCUAGUGCCUGACAGGGGGAGGAAGCUGAAACCCAGAUCUGUGGGGAAAAGGAAAGAUGGUUCAGGAAGAUGAGGUCACCUACGCGGAUCUGAAAUUUCCUCCCAGAUUGCAGCAAACAGAUGUGAAGAAAGCAGUACACCCAGAAUCAAAGCCCCCCGCCCAGAAGACGUCUCUGUGGCCUUGGCUAGCGAUAGCGGUGAUUCUCUGCGUGCUGUUCCUGGUGGUGCUAAUUUCCCUGAGUAUCUUGUAUUCCCGGCUCCUGGCUGGCAACACGCGGCUUCUAGAGGAAUCCAAGCAAGCCAAAAGCAAAAUGGAGCAAGUGGAAGGGAGAUACUCCCAGUUACUGCAGUGGGCAUUACACACAAAUAUCUGCACCCUGGAGUCCCCGUCCUCCAACGCCUCAGAGCCCCGCAACAUCAGCUGUUCCUUGUGCCCCUGCCAAUGGAUUUCAAACCAAGGAAGAUGCUACAACUUUUCUCUAAAUAAAUUAUCGUGGAAUGCCAGCAGGAGCCGCUGCCAGAAGGAACAGGCCGAUCUAGUGGUCAUUAAUGAUCGGGAGGAGCAGGCCUUCCUCAGCAAGCGGCAAGGGCAGGUGGAUUAUUGGAUUGGUCUGACGGAUGUGGCCAAAGAAGGCUCCUGGAAGUGGGUGGAUGGCACUGACUUAAACCAAAUGGAGAAAUUUUGGUACCCUUCCCAGCCAGAUAAUCAUCAGGACAAGGAGGAUUGUGCGUCUCUGACAGCCAAACAAACCCCGCCGCGUAACUGGAAUGAUGCCCCGUGUGACCAACCUUUCCACUACAUCUGUGAAAAGGCAGCAGCCACUCUCAGCUUCCUCUGACUUGGAAAAUCUUGUUCAUUGCGGCCAAUGAUGCAGAAUCCCAGAAUGCCGCUGGGCUCCUCCUGAACCUGUUAAUCUCCUGCUGGCCAAACACCCAGUAGAGGGUGCCAAGGACUCACCUUUGCAGCUGGCUUGGCAGAAGCCCCAGGCUGUCCAGCCCCGUUUUCCAAAGGGUAUUUUUGCCCAGAUCCACACAGGGACUUCGGUGCCUAAACCUAGGAGCUAAGCACUGACUGAGAUCCACAAAACCCCCACUCGGCUGUGGCCUAAACUUGUAGGCACCUAAAUUCACUUGUCACCUAAACUUUUCCUCUAAAAAUCCCUCUAGAAUCCUAAGUUUUCUACCUCUGGGCAUGCCCACUGCUGCAUCAGGCAGGCACCCAGUGCCUGGCUCCCAGCACACAGCAGGUGUAAUGGAAGGCUAAACUGUAUUAUAUGGUUCAGCCACUGGGUGAUACUGUGUGUGUAACCCUUCUUGAAGCUAACCUCAGCCAUGCUUGGCAGUCCAUCAACGAUCGUGUAGUGAACGCGGCUGGUGUGAUCUGUCUGCGAAGGAAGCUCUGUAGAUAGGUGGUGCAGAAGCCUGACCUGCUGGAGGCAGCCCUGAAAACUGUAGUGUGACAAGAUGCAUGUGAUAUGGUGUCAGGAGUAAACUGGUGCCAGAGAGGAACACAAACAUGGCAGUCUCUGAGGGCUCCUGAUUCUGCACCAAAGGACCGGUGCAGGAGGAGCACUGAUAGGCCGUACGCCUGGGCUCAGAGUUAUCUCCCCAUGUAUUGAAUGGGCAGCCCAGGCGCCUAACCCAGGAUUUGUGGAUUCCUCUGCGUGGCUAGGUGCUUGAAAAUUAGGUGUUGCACCACCAAGGUCCCGUAGUAUAUCCAGGCCUUUAUGUACGCCUGGUUUUCCUUCCCCACCCCUGCUUUUUACAGCUGCACUUCGGUUUGGUUUUUCUUUUCUAAAUAAGAGACAAAGGGAGUCUAAUAAAAAGAAAGAGUUGGAGGAGGAAAUGUGGGAAAAUGCCAAGCCAGAUCUCUUCAGCUUUGCCCCUGCGUCCUGUCAGAAUCAGAAUCCCCGGUUUGCAUGUGUAUUUUACGGUGGUGGUGGUGAUGAUCCCGUGCUCUUAGCGAUAAAGUGACUUACACAGGAAGAAGUCAAUUUUACAGGGGGGGAAACUGA